UCGGGUUAAACACCGGAAAAUGGCUCGAUCCAAUUUGAUCCCGUAAUCCGUUCCACUUUGUUCGAAUUUUUUUAAUUUCUCCCGACCCGAUUAUACACACACGUGACACCGCAGGCGUACCCUACAGUGACAGAACGCCGUCGUUUCGCGUGGAGCAAUAAAAUAUCCAUCCCAAACUCCUCAGCGGUAUUUCACGUUCGUGUUCUUCGCUUACAGUUCAUACACCUGUUUCUUUCUCUGAAAUGGUGGGAAAACGUGAGAGUUCAAAACGCUGAGUUUCGGGUUCCACAACACUGGGCUCAAGUGUACUUAAGUCGUGAGUUGUUCAGGUCCUCAAGAUGCUUGCACUGACAGAUUCUCCUCUACUUAUUGCUAAAACAUUUGAAGCAACUAAAAUACCAACAAGCACACGAGGCACUGUGGUAUGUGCUACAAAAGGUCCAAGACCAAGAUAUCCCCGAGUUUGGAAGACCCAUAAAAAAAUUGGGACCAUUUCCAAGGCUGCCAAGCUUGUUAAGUCUAUUAAGGAACUGUCUAAUGUCAAAGAGGAAGUUUAUGGAGCUCUUGAUUCCUAUGUUGCUUGGGAAUUAGAGUUCCCUUUAAUUACAGUGAAAAAGGCACUCAAGACCCUAGAAUUCGAACAAGACUGGAAGCGGGUAAUACAGAUAACAAAAUGGAUGCUAAGCAAAGGUCAAGGAAAGACAAUGGGAAGCUAUUUCACAUUACUUAAUGCUUUAGUAGAGGAUGACCGUCUUGACGAAGCUGAAGAGCUUUGGACAAAGUUAUUAAUGCAGUACAUGGAAAGCUUGCCUCGUAGAUUUUUUGAUAAAAUGAUAUCUAUCUACCAUAAGAGGGGCAUGCAUGAGAAGAUGUUUGAGAUAUUUGCAGACAUGGAGGAGCUUUGUCUUCGACCUAAUAUUGUUGUUGUCUCGAUGAUUGGAGAUGCCUUCAAAGAGCGGGGUAUGCUAGACAAAUACCUGAAGUUACAUGCAAAAUAUCCACCACCACAAUGGGAAUACAGAUACAUCAGAGGAAAGCGUGUAAAAGUCAAAGUGGAAGUUCAGUCUAGUCAGGUCAACACAUACAUAGAAAGGCAUGGGAAUGUUGAACCAAACUCAGACUUAAACAAGGAUUAUAGAUCGUCUGAAAAGACUUCAGAGACAGUUGAUCAACAACUCAGACAGGAUGCGGAUGUAAUAUCCAUGGAACCUGAACGAAUUUCAGACAUAAACAACAAUUAUAGGUCUGAAGAGACUUCAGACAUGAUUGAUGAUCAGCAACUUGGACAGGAAGCAGAUGUAAUAUCCAUGGAACUUGAACAAAUUUCAGAUGAUUCAUAUGACAGUAUUGAACCUAUUUUAGAUGUAUAAUGGGAGAAAGAUGAUAUAAUAUCUCUAUCAGAUGAGUUUCUGUUUGCAGUUAUUGUUAAUCAUAGUUGGAAUCAUUAUUUCCAUGCCCAUCUCCAACAAGUUGUUAGGAGACAAGAGUGAAGACACUAGGAAUAGGACUAGAACUAAGAGAACAUGUUUUUAAAAUUUUCACAAUUGGUGAUGGCCAUUUCAUUUGAGGAUAUCAAAUACAUUAUUUAACAA